AAUUUUUAAUGUUUCAGGCUUAAAGGGAUAUCUUUUAAAGAUAUGGAAUCUUCUUUAAAAAGAGAGAAUUAUGAUAAGAGCCUAAAUAGUCUUGGUCCCAAGCUUGAUAGUCUAUUGCUUGAUCAACCCUAUAUCUCUGGCUGGAAUCCUUCCUUGCUGGAUUUUCAGAUUCUAAAAGAUCUAGAACAACCACUAGACACAAGUCUUCCUAACCUUCUCCGCUGGUUUAAUCAUAUCAAAUCCUUUUCUAAGCAAGAAAGAAAACAACUCCUUGCUGGAACUAUGUCGGUUGAGGAAGCUAUUUCUAAGAUGUCUGUCUCCUCAGGGUCAAACUUGAGUCCAGAAGAGAAGAAGGAGUUGAUGAAACGAAACCUUCAAGAGGUUCUAGGAGAGGACAGGAUAGAUGAAAUACUUAAGAUUAGAGAUCUGAAGAUAUACUGGGGAACAGCCACCACUGGGAGACCCCAUAUAGCUUACUUUGUUCCUAUGUCUAAGAUUGCUGACUUUCUAAAAGCUGGUUGUGAGGUCACCAUUCUGUUUGCAGACCUUCAUGCAUACUUAGACAAUAUGAAGGCUCCUUGGGAACUGCUCAAAUUAAGAACUGAGUACUAUGAGCAUGCCAUUAAGGCCAUGUUGACUAGUAUUGACGUUCCUCUAGAGAAACUGAGGUUUGUCAGGGGUACAGAGUUUCAGCUUUCAAAGGAGUACACUCUUGAUGUCUACCGACUGUCAAGUAUUGUUACUGAGCAUGAUGCUAGGAAAGCUGGAGCUGAGGUUGUGAAGCAGGUUUCCCAUCCUCUACUUUCUGGUCUUCUAUACCCUGGUCUGCAGGCCCUUGAUGAACAAUAUCUAGGAGUUGAUGCUCAAUUUGGAGGAGUGGAUCAGAGGAAAAUCUUCACCUAUGCUGAGAAAUACUUGCCACACUUGGGAUAUGCUAAAAGAGCCCAUUUUAUGAACCCAAUGGUUCCAGGAUUGACUGGAGCAAAGAUGUCCAGCUCUGAAGAAGAAAGCAAGAUUGAUCUGCUAGAUUCUGCAGCAGAUGUGAAGAAGAAGCUUAAGAAAGCUUUUUGUGAACCUGGAAACAUCACAGAUAAUGGAGUUCUCUCAUUUUGCAAGUACGUGAUAUUUCCAGUAGCUUUGAAGGGAGAGGAUUUCCUCAUUGAGAGACCAGCUGAUCAUGGUGGCAAUGCUACUUUCCCUACUUUUGAGGAUCUGGAAAAGGAGUUUGCUGCAGAGAAGAUUCACCCUGGAGACCUGAAGACUUCUGUAGAAAGAUACCUAAACCGACUUCUGGACCCUGUGAGGAAGAUUUUUGAGCAGCCUGAGCUGAAGAAACUAGUAUCAACAGCAUACCCACCCCCACCUAAGGUUAAGCCAAGUGGUGGAAAAGGAGGAAAAGGUGGAGCAGCUGCCCCAGAGACUGAUGAUAUUAUUCCAUCCAGGCUGAACAUGAAGGUAGGAAGAAUCAUUGAAGUGAGCCGACACCCUGAUGCUGAAAAACUUUAUGUUGAGAAGAUUGAUCUUGGGGAACCCAGCCCCAGAACAAUUGUGUCAGGUUUGGUUGACUAUGUCCCUGAAUCUGAGAUGAAGGACAGAUUAGUGAUUGUACUCUGUAACCUUAAACCUGCCAAGAUGAGAGGAGUAGAAUCUUGUGGAAUGGUUCUGUGUAGCAGCAGAGAUGAUCCUAGGGAAGUUGAACCUCUUGCUGCACCAGAGGGUAGCCAGCCCGGAGACAAGGUUUAUGUGGAAAGCUAUGAGAGUGGGAAUCCCGAUGAAGUGCUCAACCCCAAGAAGAAGGUAUGGGAGAAGCUUGCCGAAGAUUUCAAGACCUCAGAGGCAGGUUUAGCUCAAUGGCAAGGAAACAACCUUCUCACCGACAAAGGACAAGUAACCGUCUCCAAAGUGAAAAAUGCGCCAAUCAAAUGAGAAGAAAAUACUCCAGCGAAAAUUAUGCCUCAAAUGAAAACCAAAUUCCUAUUUUAUGAAAACAUUGUUUGCAUAAAAAAAAUUAAUAAAAUGAUAAAAAGCUUGGAAUAAAUCUGCAGAAUAUU